UCUUGGCAAAUUUCAUGAGUGCAUUCGUUUUCUCAAUUGUGUCAUUGUUCUGAUGCUAAAUAUUGAUCAUUCAAUUAUGUACAGUUUUCGACAAUUUCGAACUUUCUAUCAACUACUUAGUACGUUAUUCCCGGGUAUACUGGAUAGGACAUCGGAUCGCUCAUAGUCUCAUCGUGAAUGGCUUACUUACUAUUUCGGAUAUCCUAGAGUAAUGUUCGACCGAUCAGAAGAAUUUCUGGACCAAACUAAAAAAGAAAUAAUUUAACGCGUGAUCUUUUUCAUGCUUGGAGGCAUUUAGGUUCCCGAUAUUUUCGCCGUAUAUAUAGUAAAACAAGCUCUAUUUACUCAAUCUUUCCUGAUGCCUCCGACGAACAUUCAUGUCCAAUUUUCUAUCAUCGUCGUUUUUACUCCUUAUGGUUACCAGCUUGAGAUGGUCUGACCACAAAUGAUUAUGAUGGUUGAGGUCCUUUGCAUGAUUCAACUUGCUUUAUAUACUGUACCAUUUCAUCGGAGGGCCAUACCAAUCCAUAUCCAAUCUCUUAACUAUUAUUAGCAUUCCAUAGCUCUUGCUCCAAUCUGUCUUCCACUUCCAGAAUUUAUAAGAAUCUACCUUCAAUUACAUUCUGUUAUCCCCGACUCAGAUGAACCUUUAGUAAAAGGCCAUUUGGUAAAAAAAAAAAAAAAACAAUGUAACAUAUCGAACAACAACAAUCCAACCAGAAAUACUGCAUAACGGCCUAAAAGCUCGGACCGGUUUCCUUGGGAAAACAUCGGCUAAGAACACCACAAACGCCUCUCUGCGGAGUCUGCGUCUGCUGGUGCCGUGGGUCGUGGGUAUAACGUUUACUCAGAGGAGCGUCCAGAGCAUCUCGCGCUGUUCUUGGCACCAACAUACGUCGAUGUAGUUUUUCUUGAAGCCGUAGAAAGCGUAGGCAGCUACGGUGUUUAGAUGACAACCACCAGCAGCCCAAAUCAGCUUUCUCGCCAGCGAACACACCGGAACGGAUCAUGCGCCUUUCGCACGUUCACUUCGCUCUAUCGAUUGGCACGGCAUACGUUGCCAUUCUUGGCUCAAAUGUACUGUAAAGGUGCGAGAUUGCGGUCACCCAGUGAAUGUUCUGGCCUGUAAGUGGAAUUUUCUUUCGUGAGGUGGACACACGGUCAUAAUAAUUCUGCUCGGUCAAUCGCGACGCGGUUUACUAUGUGCGAGCAAAGUGUUUGUCGAUAACUUCAAAUGAUGGAAGGACAUUGAGCGCAGUACGAAAGAUACACCCAUUUCAUUUUCAUACCCAUUUUCAUUUUUUCAACGCAAGCGAAAAACAUCACCAAUCUCUGUCCAUCCAGCAGAUAAUUCCGGGGGCAAGCGCAUAGUUCUUGUGCUGUUUGUUUCAGGAAGUGUAUGAGUGAGCAUUGAACCAGAGGAGUUCGAACCAUCUACCACCUUGUGGGGUUUCUAAAGUGAAAAUUGUGUAAUCGUAAGUGAGUGGGUUGUGCACCACCUAGCCUAUUACUCGGAGCAAGAGCUACAACACCCGACAAAACGGCGGCUGCUGCAGUCAGUAACAAGAUGGGCGACCACGGCCCUGACGUGAACACGCUGGAAACUGUGGUACCGGCAGUGUUGGGUUUAACGGCGGCUGCUAUACUAGCCGUAACGGCAUGCUUCUGUGCGAGGCGUUUUCGACGGCAGAAUAAGAAAACUGCCCAUGAUGCCUCUUCCUUGCCGUUUCAACCGCCAAGACCAUCGAAAGCCGUUCGUUCACCAAGCGGUCAACCACCUCAGUAUCUGAAAAAAUCACCAUCACCAACUAGCAUCAAGCCAUUACCGGGUCACCUGCCAGCUCAAUCACCAACCGAGCAGUCGACGGUAGUAACCACAACCACAACUACCAUCGUUCCUCCAACAAAGUAUACCGAGGAAAAUGAGUUGAUUCCGAAGAAUGCACAACUGGAACCGAAAUCCCCGGAUGUGUCGGAGAUGGGUGAACCAUCAUCCGGCGGUGAUCAAGGAGAGAUCGAAUACGGAAAGCUUGGAACGAUCGUGUUCAAGCUACGUUAUCUCGCCGAUCGUAGUGCUCUAGUCGUUUCGGUGGUUCGAUGUCGAGGUCUACCGGGGAAAAACAACAAUUCGACAGCCGCCGAACUGACCGCCAUGACCACCGGUGCAUUGUGUAAUGGUAACGGAAAUGCAAAGCAAACGGCCACUGAUCCAUACGUCAAGCUACAGCUUCUACCGGAAAAGCAGCAUAAGGUUAAAACUCGGGUCCUGCGCAAUACCCGUAACCCGGUAUAUGAUGAGGAUUUCACCUUCUAUGGACUAACUUUGAGUGAACUAGCGGCGAUGUCCUUACAUUUCGUGGUCCUUAGCUUUGAUCGGUACAGCCGGGACGAUGUCAUCGGUGAGGUAGUUUGCCCACUGAGCAGUAUUGAUUUGCAGCAGAUCGAGAACCAGCAGGUCGCAUUAAGUCGCGAGAUACAGCCACGUAGCUUGAAGAUUCGAGCACAGGGUCGCGGCGAGCUGUUGAUUUCGCUUUGUUGGCAACCGGCUGCCGCACGACUUACCGUCGUUUUGCUGAAGGCACGCAAUCUACCCCGGAUGGAUGUGACUGGUCUGGCCGAUCCAUAUGUAAAGAUCUACUUGCUGUAUAAUGGACAACGGAUCGCUAAGAAGAAGACUCAUGUUAAGAAACGAACCCUCAGUCCGGUAUUUAACGAGAGUUUCGCUUUCGACAUUCCGACCACCGAAGGAACGGGCACCACCUUGGAGGGUGUUUCGCUAGAGCUGAUGCUACUGGACUGGGAUCGUGUUACCAAGAAUGAAGUUAUUGGACGUCUGGAGCUAGGAGGACCCCGGAGCGUUGGUUCAGCUUUGAAUCAUUGGAAGGAAGUAUGUAACUCGCCACGCCGGCAGAUCGCCGAUUGGCACAAAUUGCGCGAGUAAGCAGUAGCUGCAACAC